AUGACUCUUUCCGUCGGUAUCUUCACGCCUAAUGGGCACAGCUACCAGCAACCCACUGGGCUGUUCAUCAACAACGAAUUUGUUGCCUCAAGCGGCCAGACUAUCACCUCGCUCGACCCCGCUACAGAUAAGCCAAUUGCUACUGUGCAUGCUGCCAGUGCCGAUGAUGUCGACCGCGCCGUCAAGGCCGCGAAAGCCGCAUUGGCAGAUCCUUCGUGGAAGCUUCUUCCUUCCACCGAGCGCGGCCAGCUGAUGGCGCGACUUGCUGAUCUGAUGGAACAGAAUAGAGAACUUCUUGCUACCAUUGAUGCGUGGGACAACGGCAAGCCUUAUCACGUAGCCCUCGAGGAGGAUCUCACCGAGGCCAUUGGCACCAUUCGCUACUACAGCGGCUGGGCCGAUAAGACAUUUGGACAAACGAUCAGCACGACCCCGCAAAAAUUCGCAUAUACCAUUCGCCAGCCCAUCGGUGUUGUCGGUCAGAUCAUUCCCUGGAACUAUCCUUUGUCCAUGGCAACUUGGAAACUCGGCCCUGCCUUGGCAUGCGGUAACACCGUUGUGCUGAAGCCCGCGGAACAGACUCCGCUGAGCGUCCUGGUCUUGGGUAAGCUGAUCGCUGAGGCCGGUUUCCCUCCCGGGGUUGUCAACAUCGUCAAUGGCUACGGUCGCGAGGCUGGCGCUGCUCUUGCCUCCCACCCAUUGGUGGACAAGAUUGCAUUCACUGGAUCUACUGGCACCGCUCGUGAGAUUAUGAAGAUGGCCGCUGGAUCCUUGAAAAACAUCACCCUCGAGACUGGCGGCAAGUCUCCGCUUCUCGUGUUCCCUGAUGCCGAUAUGGAUCAGGCAGUUAAGUGGUCCCAUUUUGGAAUCAUGUCAAACCAGGGCCAGAUUUGCACUGCGACAUCUCGCAUCUUCGUGCACCGGGAUGUCCUAUCGACCUUCCUGCCUCAAUUCAAAGAGGCCGUGGAGCGUGUCAAGCUCGGUGACCAGUGGGAUUCGUCGACCUUCCAGGGCCCGCAGGUGACGCGCGCUCAAUACGAGCGUAUCCUCUCUUACUUCGAGAUAGCGAAGAGGGAGGGUGCCACGAUUUUGACCGGUGGUGCUACUUAUACUCCUGCCAGCGCUGAGCACAAACAUGGAUACUUCAUCCAGCCAACCAUUAUUACUGAUGUCACUGACUCUAUGCGCAUUGUCCGCGAGGAGGUCUUUGGGCCCGUCGUGGUGAUCUUACCCUUUGAUACCGAGGAGGAGGCGAUUCAACGGGCAAAUGACUCCGAGUACGGUCUGGGUGCGGCUGUAUUCACCAAGGAUCUGGAGCGUGCUCAUCGUGUAGCCGCGGAAAUUGAGUCAGGCAUGGUAUGGAUAAAUAGCAGUCAGGACUGUGAUCCUCGUGUGCCAUUUGGCGGUGUCAAGCAAAGUGGCAUUGGUCGCGAGCUUGGAGAAGCUGGUCUUGAAGCCUAUAGUCAGGUCAAGGCUGUGCAUGUUAACAUGGGCACCAGGCUAUAG